AAUAAAAGAAGAGAAUGAAUUUGGUUGGAUGAAGAAUUUGCAGAAGAAAAGUUGGUUUGGUUGAAUUGUUCGUGGAUCGUCAAUUUAAAUAGGCGUGGAAAUUGAAUCCCAUGACCGAAGUCAAUGUUGGAGGGUCCAUUUCUGAUCUCCUCUCUCCAAUCUGCAUGUUUCGUUAAAGCAACAAACACAAAAAGAAUAUGAAGAUCACUGUUCGUGUAAUCGAGGCUCGGAAUUUACCUGCAACCGAUCUAAAUGGAUCGAGUGAUCCGUACGUUAGGUUGCAGCUUGGUCGGCAGAGGUUUAGAACCAAGGUGGUUAAGAAGACGUUAAAUCCAUCUUGGGGCGAAGAGUUUAGCUUCCGAGUGGAUGAUCUUGACGAUGAACUCACUAUCUCUAUCUUGGACGAAGAUAAGUAUUUCAACGAUGAUUUUGUUGGACGGGUUAAGAUUCCCAUGUCGCGGGCAUUUGAUUUUGAUAAUGGAUCGCUUGGCGCUACUUGGCAUUCUGUUCAUCCCAAAACCAAAAAAUCCAAGCAGAAGGAUUGUGGGGAAAUCCUUCUUGCUAUAUGUUUUUCUCAGACCAAUGCAUUUGUAGAUUUCAAUAUCAAUGGUCAUGUAUCUUAUCCAAAGACAUCUAGUGAUGAAAUAAUGGGUUCACCGUUGAGCUCUCAUAGUGGCAAAUCUAGCUCGCCGUCUCCAGUUAGGCAAACUGAGAAUUCGGUGAAGGAACAUAGAUCUUCUCAACAGAAGACCUUUGCUGGUCGUAUUGCUCAAAUGUUUCAUAAGAAUGUAGAUUCUGGUUCUUCCGUUUCGUCUCGAGCUACCGAACUGUCCGAGAUAUCUGCAAUCGUUCCGUCUGAAGUUUCAGAAUCUAGUUUAGAAGAUCAAUCCUCAAGUACUACAUUUGAUGAAGGAAUAAGAGUAAUGGAGUCGAAAGAUCAAGAAACUGAAACGCCAUCGAAUUUGCCAGGAAUAAUGGUGGAUCAAUUGUAUGCUAUUUCACCCUCCGACCUCAAUUCUCUACUUUUUUCAUCAGAUUCGAGUUUUCUACAAUCUUUGGCUGACCUUCAGGGAACUACAGAACUGCAACUUCAAAACUGGAAACUUGAGAAUGGUGGUGAAAUGUUAAAGAGAUCAGUGUCAUAUCUCAAGGCUCCAACGAAACUAAUCAAAGCUGUCAAAGCAUUUGAGGAACAAACGUACUUAAAAGCGGAUGGGAAGGUUUAUGCAGUUCUAGCUAUUGUAAGCACUCCAGAUGUAAUGUAUGGGAGCACUUUCAAAGUAGAGAUACUUUACUGCAUAACGCCUGGUCCAGAGCUUCCAUCGGAAGAGAAAUCUUCACGACUGGUAAUUUCGUGGCGAAUGAACUUUCUGCAGAGCACUAUGAUGAAAGGAAUGAUUGAGAAUGGAGCCAGGCAAGGUAUAAAGGACAAUUUUGACCAAUAUUCUAGUUUGUUAUCUCAGACUGUUCGUCCAGUUGAUCAAAAGAAUAUUGGGUCAAAUAAGGAACAGGUUUUGGCAUCUUUGCAGGCACAGCCGCAGUCGACCUUUAAACUUGCUGUACAAUAUUUUGCUAAUUGCUCUGUUGUGGUCACCACUUUAAUGGCUUUGUACGUGCUUGUACACAUUUUUCUAGCUGCACCUAGCACAAUUCAGGGUCUCGAAUUUGUAGGCCUCGACCUACCUGAUUCAAUAGGUGAAUUCAUUGUGUGUGGCGUCCUAGUUCUACAGGGAGAACGUGUUUUGGGGCAGAUUUCACGCUUCAUGCAGGCCAGACUGCAAAAAGGGAGUGAUCAUGGAGUCAAAGCACAGGGAGAUGGAUGGUUACUCACGGUUGCUUUGAUUGAAGGGUGUAGUUUAGCCGCAGUCAAUUCAAGUGGGUUAUCCGACCCUUAUGUCGUGUUUACAUGUAAUGGGAAAACUAAAAGCAGCUCAAUCAAGUUCCAGAAAUCUGAUCCUCAAUGGAAUGAAAUUUUUGAAUUUGAUGCAAUGAACGAACCUCCUUCCGUGUUGGGUGUUGAAGUUUAUGAUUUUGAUGGGCCUUUCGAUGAGGCUGCGUCUUUGGGAUAUGCUGAGAUCAAUUUUCUCAGGACCAGCAUAUCAGAUUUAGCUGACAUAUGGGUACCUCUUCAGGGGAAGUUGGCUCAAACAUGCCAAUCCAAACUUCACUUGAGAAUUUUCUUGGAUAAUACAAGAGGCAGCAAUGUAAAUGUUGUUAAAGAGUAUUUAAGUAAAAUGGAAAAAGAGGUUGGGAAAAAGAUCAGUUUGCGUUCUCCUCAAUCAAACUCGACCUUUCAGAAACUAUUUGGUCUUCCAGCUGAAGAAUUUCUUAUUAAUGAUUUUACCUGUCAUUUGAAACGUAAAAUGCCCAUUCAGGGUCGUAUCUUUCUGUCAGCUAGAGUCAUAGGCUUCCAUGCAAAUAUAUUUGGGCACAAAACCAAAUUUUUCUUCCUUUGGGAGGACAUUGAAGAUAUUCAAGUUGUUGCUCCUACUCUUUCAUCAAUGGGGAGUCCAAUUAUAGUUAUAACGCUCCGAGCAGGUAGAGGUUUGGAUGCAAGGAGCGGCGCAAAGACGUUAGAUGAGGAAGGCAGGCUGAAGUUCCAUUUCCAUUCCUUUGUAUCGUUUGGUGUAGCACAUAGGACAAUCCUGGCUCUGUGGAGGGCUAAAUCUUUGAGUCCGGAGCAGAAAGUGCAAAUAGUCGAAGAAGAAUCUGAAGCUAAAGGCUGCUCAGAAACUGAAGAAAAUGGAUCAUGUUUGGGUCCUGGUGAAAUCAGCAUGUCUGAGGUUCUCUCAUCCAUUCUCUCUGUUCCUACCAACUUUGCUAUGGAGCUAUUCAACGGGGCUGAGUUGGAACGCAAAGUUAUGGAGAAAGCUGGUUGUCUUAAUUAUUCAUUCACUCCAUGGGAAUCAGAGAAGGAGAAUGUUUAUGAGAGGCAAAUAUAUUACAUAUUUGACAAACGUAUCUCCCAUUACCGAGUGGAAGUCACAAGUGCUCAGCAAAGACACUCGCUUUCCAAUAGAAAUGGCUGGCUCGUUGAAGAGGUCUUGACACUUCAUGGAGUUCCUCUUGGUGACUACUUCAAUGUCCACCUUAGAUAUCAAAUUGAGGAUUUACCUUCCAAGUUGAAGGGGUGUAGCAUUCUAGUAUCCUUUGGAAUGGCUUGGCAGAAAAGAACUAAGCAUCAGAAAAGGAUUACUAAAAACAUCCUAAAAAAUCUACAAGACCGUCUAAAAGUCACUUUUGGACUCGUUGAGAAUGAAUCUGCUACAAGAUAGCGUUGGGAUUCCAUGUAUUGCUAUCGAGAUUUACUCGUUUUACUCGUGCAUCGGGGAGCUGGUGCUUUGAUGAUAGGUGACAUUCCGCUAUUUUCUGCUGUUCUACGUUACCAGUGUUUCUUAGAUAGAUGAGAAUGGCAUAGGUCGUUCGUUCUGAUUGAGUAUUAGCCCUGACAUGGCCACUGUCACAUUCUUUGUUCAUUAGUUUAUAUACCCCUUAGGUUGCUCAUUAGUUUAUAACUAUAGGUCUUUGGAAUCGCACAUUCCUUGGCUCGACCUAGUAGAAGGUGUUAUUAGUAACGCCGAAUCAUCAUGCUGAAAUCUCAUGUUGGUUUUAUGGUGUAUGAGAUACAAAUGCUGAUUUGAUGUACAAAAACGUGCAUGACUUAACAAUAUAAUAUUAGUUCAAUUUUUUUAUUCACAAA